GCAAAGCGGAUCUCUCUCCCACACACACACACGCGCGCGCACAGACACAGAUCUCGCUCUCCUGCAGUACAGUGCUGGUGGCUCUUCUGGAAUUGUUUUCUUCUUCUCCUCGGGGAGAAAGGGUUAUUUGCUGCCAAAGCCCGGCGCAUCUGGUGGGCAUUCCUCUGGAAGUCAGACACCAUGUGAGCAGUGGCCCGUGACGACAUUAGAGGGGCAGAAUGCUGCUUCUGUACAGGACUCUUGUGGUGUUCUCUCUCUUCAGUUCAGUCAAUGGAUUUUUCGGUGGGAAUGGGCCAAAACCAACAGCCCAAACCAAGGCAGACUCCAAAGGUUGGGGGCUGCCCUACUUGCCAAACUGGAAACCUCCAUCACUUGGUUUGGGAUCAUUCAAUUUUUUCAACAGGAAUAGAGAUUCUGCGGGAACAAAGGUGAGCUUGACCCUUCCAGAAGCAACUACACAAGACUAUAUUCUAUCUUCAGAGGACUUAACCACCCUGAAAUACCAGCCGACUGCAACCACAAAUGAGGAGCUUCAAAGCAGCACUGUCCAGAUAGGCACCCUGCUGCCUUUAAAAUCAGCAAAACUGCCAACAGAUCACUUACUCAGGAACAAACCACAAUUACAAAGCUCUGACCCACCUCCUUCCAUCCUCGAUCAUAGCUAUGAUCUUGAUCUCUGGCCUCCCAAUAUUGGCCAAAGUACAUCGAAAACACCACAAACAACAUCUCCUCAGAUUACUAGACCACAAACAUACACUCUAUCCACUGCUCAGAGUACCAGCAUCACUCAGAAUGGUACAUUGAGUAUGGUUACAGAAACCAUGAACUCUUACACAGACCAAAUCGAACCCACAGACACUCCAUCAACAACAUCAGAACUAACAGAGACUUCAUUUCAAACCACACAUUUCGUAACACCAGCAGACCCAAAGCCGGAAGUAUCUACUGAUCAUCUGACCACUGUCAGCACUGGACAAAACACACUGGAGACAACAAAUACAGCCUCAAAACCAGAAUGGACAACCUUUGAGCCCACUGAGAAGACUCUGGAUGGAUUUACAUGGGUAGAGCAGACCACAAGUCCAACAGAAAUGGGAAAGUUUCGGGAAAGUUUCGGCACAGAUUCCACUGCCGCCCUGCCAGCAGGAGGCUUUGCAUGGGAGGAAGGCGAUAAGGACACUGCGAAGAAUGCUGAUCUGACAACACAAAAGCGACACGAUGAACUGACAACAUCAGCUAGCUUCACGACUCUCAGGAACACAGAAAUGCCCUCCACCGUGUCUGAAGACUGGCUGACAGACUUUACCCAAGAAUCUGCACUCCCUGACUGCAACGCAGAACGGUCUGGAAUUUGCAGUUCUAGUGACACUUGGCCCACCACUGUCCUGAGCAACAGCAGCAAAAAUGACAGCACAACCACGGUCUCCACCAACCUCUCUCAGAGUCCUAUACUGUUUCCAGCCCCACCUAUGUUUGUGGCACUGUAUUCAGAUUGGAACAGUGCCCUGGCAACAUGGGGUUCAGCGUGGGAAGCCCACAUCUACGGCCUGGGCACAGUGUUCUGUCUAGUUGCUUUGGCCUCCACCCUGAACCUUCUGUGCCUGCCUCUACAGUACCCAUCAGGCUGUGGCUACUUUGCUCUGGUCAGUUUUUGCCUAGUUGCAGCUGGCUCCACUAGGGCCUUUGCCCUAGUGUAUGAUGCAUAUGGAUACCAAGACCGUAUGUCAUCCACAGAGGCCUCGUUGUUACUUUACGAGGCUCCAUUCCCCUGUAUGACUGCUGCCUUUGGCUUAGUGUUCCUUCUCCUAUCAAUGCGCUCCCGCAUGCAGCUAUCCUAUUCCGUCUUUCAGAGACCUUGCAUCCUGGCCGGCUUGGUGCUUCUGCACUUUGCUGCUGCCUUUGGCCCCGUUGCAUUACUGCAUGUUGACCAACGAGUCUACCUGUUUCUGUCCUUGAUCUCUAGAGGUGCCUUUGUGGCUCUGGCAACCUUCCUAUCAGCAGCAUAUUUUGUGUUCUACUGCUAUGUUCGUGCUGACUCCAAGCAUAUUUAUCAUCUGAACAACACAUCGCCAACACCAGCUGAACGCUACAACCGCUGCCCAUUUGCAGAGAGCCGAGAUUGGGACAGAGCUGCAGCUGCAGUGCUACUCUCUGCCAUCUUCUCUCUGGCCUGUGCUGGUCUGCAACUCUACGCCAUGCUACACGCUCUUGGCAUGGCUGGAAGUGUUGAGUCCUUUCGCCCUUGGCCAUGGUGGACUUUCCAGUUCAGCUGCAGAGUGUGUGAAGCAGUGGUUUGUCUCACACUGGUUCUGGUAGUUGCUCAACCAGUCUACUGUUCCGAUCACCUUCCCCAGGCAGGUAGUUGCUGGACUGAACUUCUAGCAGCAAAGUCACCAAUUAUUCCUGGAAGCUAUCAGUGGACUCUAUCACAUCAGGAGAAGCUUGCUAUCUGUGAUCCAAUUGGGCAUGGGGAGACAGAGUGCCUACCAUUGUACACACUUGUGGAUGACCGUCUAGGCAGCUUAAAUGGUCUUGACCUUUUGUAUCACAGCAACCGUGCACUGGCCUACCGUGACCUUGACCUGGAUUUGCCCAACACUCAUCCCAACACCGGUGCCCCUUCUAUGGGUUCAUCCUGUACAAGUGACUCUACAGCAGACCUGCGUCCUCCAUCACCUAUAAAUCUGCGUCGAAGCAUUGAUGAGGCACUUUUUAGUGAGUCUCUAUUUCCCAUGAGCAUCUUCAGCCCCUUACGACCCUUCACCUCAAGUGACCGCUCCCUGAAUGGUAGAGAAACCAUCUCAAGUGGUGCCCAAACAGCGAGAGGCACCCUUAUUCCUGAUCCAGGGUUAUACCGAACAUCAUCAUGUGUGGAGGUGCUACCGCAGGCUCCCAUUCCCCCUCAAGCCCAAAUGAAUGGUCCGUCGUUGGGUUUUCCUCCAUCCCCAUCUCCCUCACUCUCAUCUUCCACUUGCUGCUCAUCUCCAGAGCGCUGGAGAGGCAGCUCCAGUUCCUCUUCCCUCUACAGACAGUCUCUGGGUGGUUCUUCUCUAGUUCUGUGCUCUACUCCAGAAGGACACCAUCCUCCAUCAUCUACCCUCAGUGGAGGUUCCAGCCACACUGCCAGCUCUGGGCACCAACGAGACAACGUACAGAGACCCUACAGAACAUUAAAGUCAGAGGACAGUCUGGACCAGCAGUCGGAGUUUGAUCAGUCCGUCCAAGAAGAGUUUAUCAGUGUGUGCAGACAGAUAGAUGCUCUUAGCAUCUGCAGCGAGACUAUUGACCUCUAGGGGAGUCCUCAACUUUCAGACAGAAGAAUGAUGUAAUAUGAUAAAGCCAAAAGACUCGGGGUGCUUCUCAAAUCAUCACUAGGAUUCCUACUCCAGUUCUUCUAAGGCUUAAUUGGUAGAGUCCAUCUAAGCAUAGGACUUAGUACUAGAAUGUCAACUCUUACUAUAUGGUCUUGUAAGUGCAAAUGGCUGUCAUACAUUUAUCCACCCUUGCAGUCACUGUGCACAAGUAAUAUUAAAUCCUAAUCUAAGGGCGAGUAUCCACCAAAUUGCUAAAAAAGCUCAGGUGUGAGUGCUACUUCGACUGCCUGGGUUCCUUUUACAACAGCAGAAAAAAAUGCUCAGCUGGAGAAAAAUCUCUUCAGUAGACAUUCACCCUACAGGUGAGGAUACAUGGUGCAACUUUUGAGCAAUGUUGCUAGGCAAAGUGAUUUUGCUUGGAUACUUUCCUAUGAGGAAAGGGCAAGAAAUUUGUAUCUGGGUCCAGUUGCACUAGUUAGUUGCCCUGUGUCACACUGGGUUGUCCAUUGAUGGCACCAUUGGCGAAAGUUCCCCCAUGUAACAUGACCAUAAAGAUUACUUCAUAUAAAAAUCUUUAUAUUCACCAGUUUUCAGUCAAUGCAGUACAAGUAAUGACAACUGUCUGUAUUCUCUCAGUGGUUUACAUAACACAAGCAUUAUGCGAUGCAUUUACAACAUUGAUUUUCAUCUCCAAAUGUUUUUUGUUGUUUUUUUGCAUUAUAUAAUGGAAUUUAAUUAGCACAGUGCUCAGCUUAUUUUCAGCUAAGUGUUUGUGAAUUGAAUGUGUGCAAUAGAUUAAGGGUAAACGAAGGAUGCCAUGAAUAACACCAGAUGUACCCUUCAAAAUAGGACACGAAGCAAAGACUGCCUACUAAGCAUCCUUCUAAUUGAGAUGUCCUUCAGCGAAGCUUGAUGGCAUGGCAGGGUAGAUAUGCAGCCUUACUAGGACACAUCCUUCCGAUUGAGAAGCACCCAUGCAGUGAUGUGAUAAGCAGGAAAGGGGCAAAUCAGGUGACUUGGUGAGUGUAUUUACCAAGCUGUCAGAUGUGUGUUGGACUAGAACUGUGCCAAAUGUUUCAAUUUCAGGAUGUUUUUGGUAUGUUCCUGUCAGGUAAGUUCUCCAAAGAGAUGGAUUCUGAAGUCAAUAUCCUUAUAAAGGUUUAUGAAGUGCCACCACUUGCCAGAAGCUUAGGCAGAUUUUUGUACAAAAGUCCUUUGAUUAUUGAUAAAUUUGUAAGUGUAAAGCAUUGCUUUCAAAAUUUCUCUACACUACUAAGAGUGACGUUUGUAUCAAUUUGUACAAAAUAGCUUUUUGGUCUAUAUGAUUAAUACUGUGAGAGUGCAAACUACUGAUAUCCAUAUUGUAAAACAAAUACUACAGAAUCUAGCUUCAGAAAAUGCUAUCAAUACUGUGUCUAAUUUUGUAAUCUGCAUCAUUUUAGAAACAGUCUUUGUGCUUCUAGUGUUUAGUCGCACAGGUAACUGCAAGUCACUGUUUAUUCGUUUGUUUGCAAUAAUGCAUUAUGACGUCGAAGGGCCUAAAAAGUUUUAUCAAAUAUGAGGGAGAAAACGUCUCUGUAGUUCAGUUGUUUUGUAGCACUUAACAAACUGAACUAUAGAGCACAGACUGCCAUUUUAUCUUCCUCAUAGUGUAUAUUUGAUGACAAUAAUUUAUCUGAAAUACUCAUUACACUGUUGCUCAAUACAUAUUAUGACUUUGUACAUUUUAUAGCGUGCAUGAAAACUAUGUGAGAAACAGCUGAUACAUCUAAUGUUUGUUGUUUAAAGGCUGUUGGAGAUUUUCAAUAAAUAUUAAAAACUGA